AUGGCUUCAGCUGAGUCUCCAUCUCCAGAACCUAGCCUUUAUGUUCCUGCUCUCGUAAUAGCUCUAGCUAUCCUCGUUUGCGUAGUUUUAGCGCUUGCAGCACUCCAUUUCAUCCUGAAGAAACUAUGCGGGACAAAUCCUCAAGCACGCGCUGGAGUUGAUCAGAGGAUUCUUGCUUUGUUACCUGUUCAAACUUACAACAAGAAUUUCAAGUUCCUUCCAUCAGGUUCCAACGAGUGCUCAGUUUGCUUGUCAGGGAUUGAAGAAGGGAUGAAGAUUCGUAUCUUGCCAAAUUGUUGCCAUCUUUUUCAUGUUCAGUGCAUCGAUGAGUGGCUCUCCUCUCACUCUAAUUGUCCUUUUUGCCGUUCUGAAAUAGUUGCAGGCUCGCCUCUCACUCCAGAUGAAGAUUUGCAUCCUGUAUGA